AUUGGUUGAUGGCUCGCACCCUCUCCAGCGCGUUUAAAACGCUCGUGAAAGGUGCGUGAGCGCGCUCCAACUCCGGUGAACCAGUGAAACAUUUAACUGCAUCAGUUUUGCAUUAUGAAGGUUACGGAUGUAUUGCACGUCAGUUUGUCGACAGACAACAUCAACAUCGUUUAAAGUGGGAAAAGAUAGAAUGGUGAAGAGACAAAUGGAUGCAAGCGCAGGAGUUGUCAGUGUAGGUUUAUAGUCUGGAGGGCUCGACGUUACACAGGACACCAUGAUCACUGAUGCAUCAAGUCCAGCGGAGUUGUACGAGGACAGCGCUUCGCUCCUGUCCUCCGACUCCAGCGUUUUUUUCAGCGAGCCCGUUCUGCCAAGUGAUGAUCCACUGGACUUCUUCAUUAUAAAUGUUGGAGGCAGUCGCUACAUCCUCUCUCUGGAAUUGCUGGCCUCCUACCCCGAGACCCGCUUGGGUAAACUGGCCCUCUCCACCCGAGACUCUGCUUUAGACCUGUGCGACGAUGCGGAUUUCAUAGAGAACGAGUUCUUCUUUGACCGCAACUCGCAGACCUUCCAGUACAUCAUAAACUUUUACAAGACGGGUCACUUGCAUGUGCGCGAGGAGCUGUGUGUGAUCUCCUUCCUGCAAGAGAUUGAAUACUGGGGCAUCGACGAGCUCCGCAUAGACAGCUGUUGCAGGGACAAAUACUACAGAAGGAAGGAAAUGAAGGAGUCGUUGGAUAUUAAUGAUGGUGAAGUUGUGGAAAGUGAGGAGGUGGACUUUAGCGGCGUUUUAUGCCAGGACUUGCGGCAACGCCUCUGGGACCUCAUGGAAAAGCCAGAUUCCUCCAAGGCGGCCAAGAUGUUUGGGACACUGUCCAUGUUUUUCGUGGUGGUGUCCAUUGUGAACAUGGCUCUGAUUUCACUUGACUUCACUAUACUUGGAGCGCCCAUUUUGGACAUUCUUGAAUACAUUUGUAUCAUAUGGUUCACAGGUGAAUUGGUUCUCAGGUUCUUGUGUGUUAGGGAUAAGUGUAAGUUCAGCAGGAGCGUGGUGAACAUCAUAGAUCUGCUGGCUAUUAUGCCGUUCUAUGUGACUUUGGCUGUUGAGAGCCUGCAUGGGGAGUCAACGGAGCUGGAGAACGUCGGACGAGUUGUUCAGGUCCUGCGACUGAUGAGGUCACUGAGGAUGCUAAAACUUGGCCGACACUCCACAGGUCUCAAAUCUCUGGCCAUGACGAUAGCUCAGUGCUACGAGGAAGUCGGUCUCCUGAUGCUGUUCCUUUCCGUCGGCAUCUCCAUCUUCGCCACGGUGGAAUAUGCCAUCGAACACGACAUACCAGAGACCUCCUUUAUCAACGUGCCCAGCGCCUGGUGGUGGGCCACCACCUCCAUGACCACGGUGGGCUACGGAGAUAUCCGUCCUGACACAGUCCUUGGAAAGGUGAUGGCCUUUAUCUGCAUCCUCUCCGGGAUACUCAUCCUCGCGCUGCCUAUCGCCAUCAUCAACGAUCGCUUCUCCGCCUGCUACUUCACUCUUAAAAUGAAGGAGGCGGCGCUUCGACACGGAGAGGCUCUGAAGCGGCUGACGCGCAACUCGGCCUCGGAUAUGUCGGCAGUAGGGGUGAAUCUGCGUGACGCCUACGCCAGAAGCGUGCUGGAGAUGCUGCGGUUGCAGGGGCGAGAGCGAGCGAGCACACGCAGUAGCGCAGGAGAUCUCUGGUGUAAGACGGGAGAACUGCGGUCACCAUUUGAUGAAGAGAGUGAGAAAAUCCAGAUGUGGAUUGAAGAUGGCACCAGAGCCGAAUCUCAGGACCGGAGUGUGAGCUUGUUUGACUUUGACCAGUAAAUAACCCUUGCAACCAUUAAGCAAAAUGCUUAAAACCGCUUACAACACCUUAGUAACCCCAUAGCAACGCACUAGCAUCAUAUCACUGACUUGAGCUCUGGCACCUUUUCAUUGUAGAAAAUACAAGCAAAAAUCAACAAAUAGCCUCAUGUCUUUGGAGACAUCAGCAGACUUAUAAAUACACUGAAUGCAAUGUCCACAACCUGGAACAUGAAAUAUCAAACUAUGCAACGUUAUCGUUAAAUGGUACAUUUGGGUUCCCCUACACCAGAGA